AUGGAAAUAGAAAAACUGGAUAUUGAUUCAAUCUUUAUUAAGUAUACGAUAAAAGAAAUUGUUGAACAUGUUGAUCAAAAAAUUAAAGUUGAUAUGGAAAGGAAAAAAGAAGAGUUAAGAUCAAUGGUUGGCGAACGAUAUCGAGAUUUAAUCGAAGCAGCCGAUGAAAUUUUUAGUAUGAAAAAAUGUGCAAAAGGAGUUGAGACAUCUGUUCAUCUGUUGAAUGAAAAGUGUUCAAAAGUCGAUAAUGUUAUCUCGUUCCAAUCAGGAACAAAAAAAGGAAAAGAUGAACCAGAAAUGUCGUUGGCAAUUGCUGUCAGAAUUCUGACAGAAACAAGACGUGUUUGUUGGAUGUAUUUAGAAGAAAAUAAUUUCAUAGCAGCUGCUCGACAAUAUUUGUUGGCUGCACAUAUGGCAUCAUCAUUUGAACUACGAAACAAUAAUGAUGGAAUAGAAAACAUCGAUUUAGAAAGCCAAAAAGCUAUCGUUUGUGCAACACGUUUAUGGCAUCAAACACGUCAUAUAAAAGCAAUUAUUUUGGAAAAAGCUCGAGCGUAUUUGAAUGUAAAAGAUGCUGAUGUAAAUUCGUUAGGAAAUGCUCUGUCGACGUUGAUCGCAUUUGGAAAUAAAUCGAUUGAUCAUAUUUUAACGGAAUUUUUGAAUGCAAAAUUAUAUUCGAUCAAGGCUUGUUACCAAAACGUUGAUAUCAAGCAAAAUUCGAAAGAUUCAGUUCGACAAUUGUUAGUAUUAUUCAUUAAUACGAUAUUUGAAAUUGAUAUGUUGUUUAGUAAAAAUGACGACAUUGAAAAAGAUGAACGUGAUUUAUUGAAAAAACAUGUUUUGCUAUUUUUCUCUCCAAAUUAUUCACCAAAAACGGCGUCGUCAGCAUCACCACAAAUUAUCAAAGCAGAACAAGAUUUUUUUAAAAAUUGUGAAUCUGUCGAUAUGUCUACAUUUAGUGAACAACAAACACAACUUGUGAAAGAUUCAGUUGAAAAAUGGUUAAAAACAAUGCUUGAAACUGUUAAAAUUGGUCUUGGCGAACUUCUUCGUUAUACUUCGUCGUUGAAAGCAUUAUUGCAUCUAAAAUCCAAUCUUAUUAAUUUAAUGUCAGAAGAUCGAAUGAAACAUUGGCAAACUGUUUGUAGUCGUUUGUUGAAUACAAAUAUGGAAAUAUCUUUAUGGGAUGAUAUAAUUAAACUAGAAUUACGUGAACAAGCAAGAAAAGUUUUACAUGCACGAUUUGAUCAAUUUAAUCGGACAGCAUUAAAAAAAGUAGAACAAAAAUUGUCAGCAUUCCAAAUGAAUUCUUCAGGUAAAAUGGACAAAUCGACAGAUACAAACGUUCUUGAUUAUAUAUGGAGUGAUAUUGAUAAUGGUAUACCAAGUGAUUAUGUAUGGAGUCCAUCGACAAAUCGUAUUCCCAUUGGUGAUGCGAAAUUUAGUUUAAAAGCAGUUGCUAUACCAAUGGAUUUACAAAUAUUAUGUCGAGAGUUUGACGAUGAACUUAAUCAAAUAUUGAUUGAUGUUAAUGAAUUUUCAUCAACUGAUACACCAGAGAUGGAUAAUUUAAAUGUAUUUCCGACAAUACAAUCAAAUGUUGGAUUUUUUGAUGAUAGGAACUUUGUUGUUGAUCAUUUAGAAGAGUGUGUUAUCAAUUUGUGUACAACUCUGGUGACUCAUCUUAGACAAUUAGCAAAUGAUAAUGAAAAGUCAAAGGACGAAGAAAAAUUUAGUGCAAGUUUGAUAUGGCUUGGUGCUUGUGCUCGUGCUAUACCUAUUGCUUGUAAAAAUUUAAAGAAUUCACUAGACGUAGCAAAUGAAACCGGAAAUAGUUCAACAGAAAAAAAGAUUCGAUCGAUGCCACAAUCUGCUGUAUUCAAGCGUUCAAAUGUAAAUUACAAAGCAGAAAAACCCUCGUGGUUAAAAACACGUGAUUUGUUCAUGACAACACAUACAGAUCUUUUCAAACAAUGGAUAAAACAUAUUUGUUCAAUAGUCGAUGAACAAUUAAUAAUAAAUUUGAAAACAUUUCUCGAUGAUUUACCAAAUUUGAUUUGGGAUGAAGUUGAAAUUGAAGAAAGUCUUGAUACGGAUAAAUCAUAUAAGAGUGUUAUUCGUGUUCCAAUGUAUUGUACACCAUUUAUAGAAGAAAUAUUAUUUAACGUUUGUCAACAAAUCAAUAGAGCUUUGGCACAUGGUUUAGAAAAAGAUUUAUCCGUCGAAAUGGCAUCAAGAUUAUUGUAUACAUUUUUGAAUGUUUAUGAAUCAUGGUUAACAGACAAUAUUAAAAAUUCGACAAAAAAACGAAUUCAAACACGAAUUAUACAAAUCAUCUAUGAUUUACGUUUUGUUCAUAUGUUAUUAGAACGAAAAGAUGGUUCUGUGAGUGCAAAAGAAUUGAAUGAACGUUUUAUGAGAUUAAUUGAUAAUAUAGAAGCUGAAGUUGAUCCAUUUGAUUUAAAUGUACUUUCACCAUAUAUGCAAUCUCAUUUACAAAAAAUGGGACCAAGAUCAUCCGUAAGAACAAAAAAAAUGAUUCUGAUCAAUGUUUAUAUAACGUAUAAUCUUUUAUUCGGUCAUUUAGUUAAUAAUGAUCGUUUAAUUCCAUCGAAACCAUUGCCGAUGAAUACUCAAGAUGCAAAUAAUAUUCUUUCAUUAUCAACGUGUUCACAACGUUUUUCAUUAUUGCCUAUUGCUGGAAAUAUGAAUAUAACAGCAACUAAUUCGUCGUCAAUUAUUCCUAGUUCAUCAUCAAAAAUAAAAGUACUUUCAUCAACUGCACAAGGACUCUCUACAUCGCUAGCUACCAACUCGGACACAGAACUGACAGCAAUAGCUUCCACACCCUAUAAACCUAUAGCAUCGAAUGUUGCGGAGGUCGCAACCUAUUACAGUAAAUGGUUUUCCAGUAUGGUGAAAUGA